AUGAAACUUCUCCUUAUCCUCAUAUGCGUGUUCAUCGUCCACAUGAAUGCGCAAUUCGAGAACAUAGAUCCAUGCAAUAUCUGCAAUGACAGCUGGUUCCUGAUGCCCACCACUUGGGAGAAAUUGACAAGAUAUUUGGUAGACUUAGGAUCAUCGACAGUCUUAAAAUAUAUAAUUCUUUCAGCGUUUCGGUUGCAACCGCCUCGACAAAUCCGUGAUUCAGCCGUGCAGAGACGUCGUCGAUUCCAUGAACCUUCACAGUCAAUAUCCGACUCUUUUGCCGAAGAUCACCGAGUUCUACACGCAAAUGUGCAAAAAGUAUUGCGGAGGCGUCAAAGGAUGA